CGUUUGAACGUUUGGCAGCAAGUAUAAGUAGAUUGACAUGAUUGUCUUGUUGAAAUAUAAUUCUGGACUGCGUUCCCUUUAGCUGCUUGCCCGGGAUUGUUGAAAAAGCUAGAGAAUGGCUGAAGUUAAAAGCGCUCCACCUCCGAGUAAGGGGAGGAGAGUUUCUCAUGGAGCUGGUGGAAGGAGACGUUUUACUUCCGAAGGUAGAGAAAGAACACCCAAGAAAAGACAUCGUAGGGCUACGUCAAGUGUGGCUGCCUUUCAUGUCUUCUAUGGUGGCGACAUUUCAGAUCCCUUGAACCUUAAUUCAGCUCACGUGGAUGCUGAUGAUAGUCAGAGUGGAGAUGAUGAACCAGAGGAAUAUGUACGCAAGCCAGUCGAGGACACUCCGCAAACAUCUGAACAGCCUAGGCAUGUGGAAGAUCCUCUCCGAUUACUCUCGGAUGACAAAAAGGAAGCACGGCGGGAACGAAAGAAACACCAGCGUAAAGUUGCUGCUAUGAAGCGUGAAGAGAAGCGCAAGCAAUCCACAGGGGAUGAACAGAAGGAUGAUACUGGUGGACGCCGCCGAAAGCGAUCUUUCUCCAACGAUGGCGAGUCAACUGAUGAUGGUGGAAGAGUUGUGCGAAAAAAGAAGAAGAAAAAGAAGGCAAGUACAGGCCCUGAUUCGCACAUGGUGGAUCCAAACGGCCUCACGUUCAGACCGCAGGACGCCAAAUUUGCAAUGGGAAAUUACAACAGAUAUUAUGGCUAUCGAAAUCCGACAGGACAAUCGGACGAACGCCUCAAGAGCUUCCCGAAAGCUAUAUUCUGUGAUAAAGCCUGCCUGGACAUUGGCUGUAACACCGGUCAUGUCACGCUUUCUAUUGCCAGAGACUUGAACCCGGCAAGUAUCAUCGGUGUUGACGUCGACCGCACCCUGGUGGAAACUGCUGAGAAGAAUGUACGGCACUACAUUGUAGCAACAGAAUCGGAGAAGGAUAUGCCAGUACCUGCAAAGCGUGACUUUCCACUGUCUUUCAAGUUGUCGUAUGGGCCCCUUGCUUCUCCACUUUUGCGACCUCCUCCGAAACCUGUCGUCGGCAAAGGAUUCCCAAUGAAUGUCUCAUUUACAGAGGAGAAUUACGUCAGCGGCAAUGUUGAGCUGGCGUGUACAACUCAGAAGCCAGAAUAUGAUGUCAUCCUAGCGCUUAGCAUAACAAAAUGGAUUCAUCUGAACUGGGGCGACGCAGGUGUGAAAACACUUUUUCAUCGCGCGUAUCACCAGCUCAUGCCGGGUGGCUCACUCAUUCUGGAGCCACAGAUAUGGUCUUCGUAUGCUAAGAAGUGUAAACUGACGUUGCGCACCUGGCAACAAUAUCGGAAGAUUGAGUUACUGCCAGAAAUGUUUCAAGAUUACCUGAUGAAGAUGGUUGGGUUUGCAAGCAUGGAGAGCCUUCCCACACCGAAGCAUGAGGCAAAAGGCUUUCAGCGACCGCUAUACCUGUUCUCAAAAUCUGAGAAGAGUGACAGCUACUGCAACCUUUGCCGGCCAGCACCACAGCGCUCUGAAAAGCGUACUGUAAAGAAGCAAGUCCGAGUGAUGGAGACACCCAAGACAGAAGAACCACCUCGAACUUCGGAUGGGCAGUAGAUAGAAGAAAACUACUCUUGUAGCAGCUGUCUCCAGAACUUGCUCCAGUUGCAUCACAGAACUGCUCCUGUUUUUUUAGAUAGUUUUGAACUGUGUGUUCCUGCCGUGUUUUAGGAUUACUCUCAACCCAUGUUUGGCCUCUUAAUUGCACACAUGGACUUGACCGUGUUUUAUCUGACAUGUUGAUCCACGAAACACACAAAAUACAUGCAGAUAUCUUUCUUUUUAAUGUCUUGUAUGGUCGCUAUUCGUUAUAGAGCGCUGUCACUAUGUCAUUGUCAUUGUUGGGUUUAGUGUCUUGUGAGGCUGCACUGCAUCAGGCUGGAUGAAGCAGCUUUCGACAAUGGAUGCUUUCUUGCAUAGCUUGUGCACUACAAAACGAUAUAAUUAUAUUCAUAAUUUACGUUCAUGUACUCAAGUGAUUUACCGGUAAUCAAACUGGUUUUGAGAGAUCACUAUUUUUGUUUUCUUUGA